AUGAAUCACUCUACCACAGCUGUCAGGCUUGAAACAUCUUUCGUUAUUGACCCCUAUCUAAUCCACCAGAAGCUCCUCCUCAUCAACUCCGCCAUCCAGUCCAUGCGAAACGUGGAGGCUCAUCAGGAUCGCGGAUUUGAGACCAUGGAGCACCCUGAUAUGAACAAUAACGACUCGGAUGGCUCAGGGUCAUCCGAUGAGCUUCUCCAACAAUCCUAUGCCAGAUCGAAUUCGAAUUUUACAGAUGCUUUCGACGGCCAAGUACAAACGCCAGCUACCACAAUCUCCUCCUCGCCGCCUCCUUCGGGUCUUCCCUCCUGGGUCAGCUCCACAGCCUCGCGUCCACGCGGCUCCAGUAUCGGAAACCCAGCCGUGCUUGAAAAGGCGCCACCCGGCGAUGGCCUCCCAGUGUCGGAUGUGAGGCCUCAGCGUCCCGCAGGUCCCGCCAGGACGCCUUCCAAUACCUACGCCCCCCAGCGCCGUCCCCCUCAAUACAUCAGCUUUCAGAAUGACCGCCAGAGAUCCUCCUCGACGAAACGUAAUUCCAGACGGGAUCCCAAUGCUCAGUACAGAGCCCAGGAGAAGGCAUAUGUUCAGAGGAUUCGUGCGGAUCCUCAGGCAUGGUACAGCCACUUCGAUGAGGCCCGAGAUAUGAGCAUAGUCGGCGAUUCCGACUUAGAAGAGCCAUCCCCGUCGUCAGAGGUGCCAUUUGAAGAUGAUGCUUACGACCCCGAUAUCCAACUUUUCCUUACAGAUGAUAAUCAACCAACGCUUGAAGAGCUGAAGAACCCGAAAAACCAGGAAAGACUCGAAUGGCACUCUAUGCUGGCUUCCGUAUUGAAGGGAGAUGUGGUGAAGCAGGAAAAACAACGACUUCUAGGGUCUACCGACACUAAGCGGUCGUCGGCUCAGAAUAAUGCAAUUUGGUUGGGAGUCAGGGCCAGGACAUGUGGACGGAGUAUUGCCAUGCAGCGGAAAUUGAUUGAGGAGGCUCGCUCUGGACUUGGACCGAUAAUCGAGGAAAUCAUUAAGUUUGAGAUCAAGGGUGAAACGGAGAUUGGCAAGCCCCCAAUCAAGCAAGUUGAGGACAUCGUCGAACAGAUUGAGAGAUGUGAACUGCUCUACUCAACCCAAAAAGAACUGGAAGCCGCCCAUCCUCGCGUCGCUUCGGAGGAGUUCAUCUCGAGUCGUGAAGCUGUGCUGGCAUGGCAUAACACUACGAUUCUUAUCAAUACGGAGCUUGCCAUCUUGCAGAAGUGGGUCGGUAACGAUGAGCUUGACUUCAGCAAGACGAGAGCCAAGUCUGUCAACAGGGAUCUCACCGACGAGUCGUCCUUCCUCGACCGCAUCAUGAAAGAGGACGGCCUCAAAACCCUUCAAGGGAAGCACAAUAUGCUUCAUGGCGUCAGUGAAGUCAUUCAGAAAGCUAAGAAUACCUUGAUCGAAAAUGCAAACUCUUUCGCCAAAAGGCACUUGCCUCCCUACAUCGAGGAGCUUCUCACGUUGAUCAACUUCCCAUCGCGUCUCAUACAAGAGAUCAUCCGUGUUCGGCUAUCUUAUGCUAAAAAUAUGAGAGACCCUGCACAGCAAUCUCCUAUCCUGGUCGACCAAAUGAUUUCGCAAUUUCAGAUUCUGAUGAGGGUUGCGGUCGACCUCAAGCAGCGUUACUUGGAUAUCGCGAAACCGGAACCAGGCUGGGACCUGCCCCCUUGCAUUGAUGAGAACUUCGACUCGGUCGUUCUAGAUGCCUUGAAGUACUACUUCCGGCUCCUGAAUUGGAAACUAAAUGCGAAUAAAAACACAUUUAAAGAAGCGGAGAUUCUCGAACAAGAUUGGGAAUUCUCCAAUCACAUUGGUCGUCAGCUUGAAGGUGGAGAUAUCGAAGUGGCUGAACAGUUUAGGUACAGUGUUUGA